AUGUCAGUGCCAGGAGUCACUGCAACUCCGGUCCUCAGCCCUACGGAUAUUACCUACGGUUGUCGACUUGAUGGUUAUUGUCAUGCCAGUAUAUUGUCCAUGGCACUCGGUCAACUAUCCUACUACUCGCUAUCCCUGCCCUGGCCCAGCUCCAAGUUCAAACGAGACUGCAUUGGAUCCAACGUCAAUGACGAAACAAUCGGCCUGAUCAAGCACUUCGAAGGCUUCGUUCUUCGUCCUGCUCCGGACCCCAUCGGACUUCCCACAGUCGGGUACGGCCAUCUUUGCCGCACAAAGGGGUGCUCUGAAGUCUCCUUCCCAUUUUUCCUGACCGAAGAGACAGCCACCGAACUGCUCAUACAGGAUGUCAAGAGCUCUCAGCAGUCAAUCACCCUAUCUACUACAGAUCAGGUCGUUUUCAAUGCCAACCAGUCCGGUGCUCUGGUGUCAUGGGCUUAUACUGUCGGUGGGGCCACAGCGAAGAAAUCUUCCCUCAUCAGCCGGCUCAACCGGGAACAGGACGUUGAUGCGGUGAUCAGAGAGGAGCUGCCGCUGUGGAACAAGGCGGGUAGACAUGUUCUGCCUGGCCAGGUGAGGCGUAGGGCUGCGGAGGUUGAGCUGGCUUCGGGGCAUACCGACCAGCCUCCCUUGCUUGUGGACUGUUAUAACAACCCGAUAGGACAGGAAUUUUGUGGGUGUAGAAGUGAUUUUCCAUUAAUAUACAUUGGAUACCAUGUUUAG